UAAAAUACGGCAGCGCGGAAGAGUCUAUAAAUUCGAGAAGAAUUCGCAUGGAACACAGUUAGGCGUCGCCCAGCUACUUCUGCGGGUUCCUCAUGGCACCCAACGCGUUCGCCGUGCGCGCCGCCCAAACAGCACCCGUGCCCCCGCCGCCUCCACCUGGGCUCAACUACAUUGCUCCCCUGCGAAUCGCCGUACGGGACCUGCUUAUCGCGCACUCGUUUAGCAUCCUGCUUGUCUCUCUCUUGAUCGCACUGCUUUACUUCUCAACAAAACAGUCGCGUCGCCAGCCGAUCUUUUUGCUCAAUGUGUUCACCAUCCUUCUUGCCUUGUCCGUUGGAGCGCUGAUAGACUACCAAACGAUACAAACUAUCAUAGCGCCUCUGGAUCCUACUCCACUCUCGUUCAACAUAGCUAUCGGCGUCCUCGGAGCAGUGCAGUCCAUUAUCAUCGACAGUAUCCUGCUCGUCCGCCUCGUCUCUGUAUACCCACCGUCGUAUGUCGGAAAGCGUAUUUUCGCUUUAAUCCUCGCGGUACCCGUCCUGCUCAAAGUCGGCCGCAUUAUCAACCUUUGUCUCUUCAUCAAAGCUCUGGCAGACGCCACAAAGGAUCCCGCGACCGCGAAUCUUCUUAUUGCCCGCAUAUGGGAGAACGCUCCAUACCUCAAGAUCGAAUGGUUCGCCCAGCUAUUUGACAACUCCUAUGCGUCCGGUUUCUUCCUGUACCGACUCAUGCUGCAUAACAAAGAAGCCAACCGCGUUAUGUCAAGAAAGACGUCAGAAACCUCCUUCACAGACACCAUCCGGACGCUCCUCUGGGUCGCCGCGACUAACUUCGUCGUGCCGGUCCUCUUCUCGCUCGCGCAGAUCAUCGUCGUGUACCGCGACAUCGACGUCCUGGUCGUGAACGACAUCGUGCUCGUCAACACGUCCAUUGCCGUUAUCGGCGUCGUCUUCGCCACCGUCUGGGCGGGCACGGCGCAGUGGGCGCAGGGCCAGAGCCGCACCGCGCUCGACGCCUCCGAGCCGUCGCGCGUCGUCUUCCAAAACACCCUCGGCGGCAGCUCUGCUGAGGGCGUGGAAGUUGAAGACGUAGAGUAUGGUGCUGCGUUCGCACGAUUGUCACAGACCAAAGACGAGUAGGACUCGUCUCGCGGACUCGGAGGUGGGAUACUAUUGGCGCAGUACAAUCGUAGUUCAUCAUUGUGCUAAAACGUGCAACCAAGAGUAUAAAUUGUCCAAACAGAGACGUCAAACUGUACGUCGGACCCCGCAUCCCCCUUACUGCCCACAGGAAGCAAUGGCUGUGACGGUGAAAGGCGCGGUUUGGGCAAAGAUUUCGUUGAUGUUGUCGAUAUUGACCGCCUGGAUGGUGUACGGUCCAGCGGCGUUGCUGCCCGGUACGCAAGGUAAGUCCACCGUGAUGGAGCCUGGGGUCGUGGCCACGUUGUUCGCGAGGGCGAAAAGUGAAUGUGUUUGUGCGUUAGCGAGUUCGAUGCUAAAGGUUACCGGGUCAUCUGGGGACGUCUCCCAGGUGAUCUCGAGCGGCUCGGAGGUGGAAGCAUCGGCUGGGGUGUUCAGCACCAAGCUGUGAACGCUAGAGAGCAGGGCAAGAGUGGACAGAAUGAAGAGGACGGGCUGCAUGGCUGGUUCGUGUUGACAGAGCUGUGACUGACGCUACGGUAAUCUUGCGGCCCACCUUUUAUAGGUCUACGCGACCGACAGCCGUCCGCGUACGUUGGCUGCCGACGCCGUUUGUGCGUCGAGCACAGACCGCUUUUGGAUAGAAGUAACGACUGCGAUCUUGCCAGGAGCAAG